UCACGAUAAACAUGUUCAUGUAAGCAAUUAUAUACGUUAUAUCGCACUGUGACAGAAUUCGCAAUUUAUUCUUCCCUGCAAGAUGCGACGUUUGACAGUGAACAUCAUUAUUUCCUGUGGUCUUCUCAUUGGUAUAAGAGGGCAGCAAAUGUUGGGCGCAGGCAAGUGGACGGUGUUGAGCACGCAGCAGUGUGCGAAUGACGCUGAGAUGCCGUGGACCCUGCAUGUGCGCCGGCACAAGUUGAAUCGCACGCACGACGCGUUUGACGCCGACAUCGAUUUGGAGGACGACCUCGAUGACUCUUGUGCCAUACGAUUAGAUAUUUGCAAGGUGGUGGACGGAGGAUGCAAACCCUACAUGAUCAUGGCUGAUGAUUGUUUACCUAAUUUUAUAAAAAAACACGCAAAGGAAAAUGUCGAAAAGGUUCUCGUAAGCGGCGGUGUAGAUCCACCAGACUUUCCUAUUAAAAAAGGCUCGUUUCAUUUAAAGGACUACGUCAUUAGCAUGGAAGAAAUGGAAAAGGAAGGCGUGUACGGCACGUUUGAGGUGGAAGCUUUCAUAAUAAAGGACGGGCAAGAUGUGGCCUGUAUAAAAAUUACCGUAAAAUAUGAACCGAGAGACGACUAUGGGUCGAUGGGGUAAAAUCGCCCUUAUUCUAUCUUCUCCGUUCUAUCAGCGGACGAUCCAUGUGUGAAGAGAGAAUGCAACCGUCACAUGUACAAUUUGUCUAACUUUAGUCGCUUUAAGAAUCCUCACUUUCCGAACUUCACUUUCCCAUACAAACUACAAACAGAGUUUCGUUCUCAUUUUAAAACUAAAUAUUGGAUUGUAAUGGAACUUUGCACAUACAAUGACAUGAGGUAUACACAGUGUUUUGUUUUAUUUGCGUUAAUUUCGAGGGUGCAUUCCUGAGCUGAAAUUAAGUAACUUUCUCAAAGACACCGAUAUUCUAAUUAACUCCAUUUCGGAGAUAAUCAAUCAUAAAUUUUUAUCUUAUAAGGCUUAUACUUGCCUUAGGGCCUGUUUACUUAUUGAUUAGUGUUUAGUGCGAGUUCAUACAUUUGCUACUAAACGUAAGUACUAUCUCGGACGAUCGACGUUCGAAAUGACAUUGAUAUGUCACAGUUUUCAAUUGUUUGGUUGAGUUAAAUGUAAUGCCCGUGUUACAACAACGCUAUAUGCAUCAUUUAGUUACUUUUUAUAAAAAUAAAAAUAGUAAAAAAAAAACAAUUUUUUUUUUUAUGAAAAUUAACUAUGCCAUUUAGUUUCCUUAAACGUACUUACCGAUACCCCGAAGUUAACGAAAUUCAAUAAAAACACGGUGUAUAAUAUCUAGACCGGUAAAUAGUUUAUAUAGCUCUAGUUUAUAAAAUAAACGAAAGAGCAAAAACAAGUUUUGUAUAAAAAACUUAAAUUCGCUGUAGUCGCUGUUCUUUAUGUUGUAUGAUUGUAUUUUUAAUUGUUUUUUACGUAAUCACGUUUGUUUUUUUGUGGUUUGCACUGAUACUAGUAAAGAAAGUAGUUAAAAUAAAUAAUGAAUGAAUGUAAUUAUGAUCUAUUAGUGUUGUACAGUCAGCAUCAAUAGUGACGGAUCAAAAAACGCGCCAAAAUUAUCUGAUAAUCCGGAUAACUUUUCCAAAUAUAGAUAUAUCUCUAAAAUGUACAUUCAAAAGUAUGUAUAUCUUUUACUGUCUUAAUUGUUCGACAUACGAGUAUAUAACCACCGCAUUUUGUUAACUGUAUCAGAAUGGUAGAUACUUUUGAAACCUUGUUUGUUCCGCUACUUUUGAUGCUGACUGUAUGACAUGGCCUUUUGUUUUCUGACGAGAUAUUGGAAUAUUCGAAUAAUAUUCGAAUU